AUGGGUGACUACGACCAGCUCUACAAUCAGGGGCUCUACCUGUCUCCGGACCAGCAGGACCUGCUGAUGGCUGCCCUCCACUCCAACAACCCCGCCAACAAGCCUUCCAAUCAUACGCCUCAGAUGAAACCCGAUCAUAGCCCCGGUCAUUCAUCCAACGGCCUCAGUGGCCCUCCAUCCGGUGCACUUGACUCCAACUCACAUUUGAACCCCUUCGGUAACUUUGGAGAUGACGAAAGCCCUUAUCUCGAUUUCGACCCGGGUGUCGAUUUCGAUUACACCGCGUCCGGGGAUUUGAUCGGAGAUCUUCCAGGUGACUCGGGGCAGGACUAUGAACUGGGCGAGAAGCGGAAGUCCAUCGACGGCAAGUCGGAUGAUGGUGAAGAUACGGGCAAGAAGCGGCGGGAGAGCGAGGCUAAGAAGCCUGGCAGAAAGCCGCUGACCUCGGAGCCUACUACAAAGCGUAAAGCUCAAAACCGAGCCGCUCAGAGGGCAUUCCGAGAGCGCAAAGAAAAGCACCUCAAGGAUCUGGAGACCAAGGUGGACGAGUUGCAGAAGUCCACCGACACCACUAACCAGGAGAAUGGGUUGCUGCGUGCUCAGGUCGAACGGCUUCAGGUCGAGCUCCGAGAGUACCGCAAGCGCCUCUCGUGGAUGAGCAGUGGUGGUAGCGGCCUCUCAGCCGUGAGCAAUUACCCCAACGCCCAGUCAAGAGGAUCCACCGGUCUGCAAAACAACGAGUUCCUGUUUGAUUUCCCCAAGUUUGGUGAUCUGCCCGGUGCUCAUCUUUUCAACGGGCAGAACAAGGACCAGUCCAGGAACAAGGACGGUGUUCGUGCCCCGGGUGUGUUGAGUCGUGACAACCUGAACGCUGCCGGCUCUCGUGGCCCCGCGGCCAAGUCCAACUCCAGCACUCCGAAUGCAAAUACUGGUUCUUACGGAACCCCUAGCAGCAAUGCGUCUGCCAAGACCCCUUACUCCAGCCUCAAGCCUUCUUCUGCCCCCACCCAGGAUACAUCUACCUCGGACUCUCCUUCGUCAUCAUCGGACUCACACCAAAGCCAGAUGCUCUCAUCGAGUGGAACUUCACCCGAGCCUAGCUCUCACUCCCCGCUGGAUGCUAAGAACUCCGGACCGAAUGUGUGUAUUCACGGCUCCAUUGAUGGUGAGGAAUCCUUCUGCGCACGUCUUGGCAUGGCCUGCGGCAACAUCAAUAACCCCAUUCCAGCUGCGCGGGACCAAAAAGACAAGUCCAAUAGUAUUUCCAGCCAGCAACCGGCUCCUAACUCCACUGAUGACUCCAUGGGCUUCGAUUGGCUGGCUCAGCAAAAUGGUGGCCAAUUCGACCCGGUGCUCUUCGGGGAUUGGCGCGAGCCGCAGGAUGCCGUUCUGUCCCAGGACUUUGGAUCCUUCUUCAAUGACGCCUUCCCACUCCCCGAUCUGGGCAGCCCGUCUCACAACUUGACCGAGGCGGCCACAAACCAAGCUCCCAAGAAGAGCUUGCUGGCUCAAAUCGACAGCAAGCUGGAUGAAGACGAGGUUGUGCCGGGCGAAGAUAAGGCACAGAUGCUGUCGUGUACAAAGAUCUGGGAUCGCCUCCAAUCGAUGGAGAGGUUCCGCAACGGCGAGAUCGAUGUCGAUAAUCUUUGCUCCGAGCUACGAACCAAGGCUCGCUGCUCAGAGGGCGGCGUAGUGGUGAACCAGAGUGAUGUCGACGACAUCAUGGGCCGCGCCAAAUAG